AGACGGGAAAGAAAGAUAUAUACACGGCCAUUUCGAUUGGAAUCAUAAUACGGUAGUUCUUUAAAUAUUACUUGAAAACUUUUCCGAUAUGAUCGAUGUCAAACCUUACUACCUACUAGAAGGCCUUGUUGGAGAUGCGAUCGGGGUCAAGUUGGAUUUAGACCAUCUCUGCUCAGUCGAGGUUGUCCACAGCUACGCUGGAGCACCCUUUCAAAUUUCAACCAUAACCGCGGGGCAGUGGCAGCUGCAUCAAAUCGACCGUCAUUCCAUAGAAUGAAAACGGCAUUCACCUUGGUUCUGUCCAUCGCAUCACCGGAAUUCGGUGAGGGAGAAGAGCGAAGGGAGGGAAUUGCCAAAUGGCAGGUGGAUAGCCACCAGAAGAAUGGACCCGACGUGUAUCUCCCUCAGCCAAUAGCAUCUCUUCCUACGCGAUUUCUCUUUGAUUCUCUUUAUAUUUUUUAUUAAUAUUUUUAAUUUAUAUUUGUUAACAACCCUUCCCUCCCUCUCAAUAUCUGCUCUUAAACCCCAUUCUUCCCCUGCAAUUCCUUCUUCUUCCUUCCGCUCCGCCUCCUCACCCGCUUCGCUCCGGCCAUCUCCAGUCGAGAUAGCUGGAGGUAUCGAGGUUAGAACGGCGUGAGGGGAAGAAAGGCCCGAUUCGGCAUUGAUGGCUUUAACUAGAUAGUUCCACCCUGUGGAAAUUCAAUCACCUGUAUAUAAUUCACCAUGUGCGGUAUAUCUCAACUAGCCUCGUCACCUCGGUUACCGUUCCAGUUGUUGGGAGAACACAGCAAGAUUGGUCGCAUUGAAAAGGAAUCAGUUCUGUGUUUUUAUUGCUGCGGCACUGCUGGAACAGUGGCACUGAAGCAGUCUCCGAGCUUAGGGCUUCGUCCGCUUCACCAUCUCAAUUUGCCACCUCCAUCUGUUUGCUUAUUCACCCACCAUUCUCUGACUACCAGUAAGUUGUUACCGUCCAUUUGCAACAGUAGCAGUAGCAGUAGCAGUGCUAAGCCAACUGUCACCAGAAGAAGAGCUAGAAGCCGUGGGAGAACUCGUAAUGCCAAGCCACCUAUUGAGAGGUCUAGCACGAGUGGCCCCAGCGAUCUGGAGGUUGAAAGAGUGAGUUAUUCAGCGAAAGACUCAGAGUCAAAUGCUGAGAAGCAACCAGUGAGUAUAGGGGGGCUCCACCAAAAUGGGGACCCAUUGGGCCGGAGGGAUCUCGGGAAGAAUGUGGUCAAGUGGAUUAGUCAGGGGAUGAGGGUCAUGGCUUCAGAGUUUGCUCAAGCAGAGAUAGAGGGGGAGUUCUCAGAGCUCAGGCAGAGGAUGGGGCCAGGUCUCACAUUUGUGAUCCAGGCCCAGCCUUACCUUAAUGCCAUCCCAAUACCUCUCGGCUUGGAGGCCAUCUGCCUAAAGGCCUGCACUCACUACCCAACUCUGUUUGAUCACUUCCAAAGGGAGUUGCGAGAUGUUCUUCAAGACCUUGAGUGUCAAUCUAUAGUCGAAAACUGGCGGCAGACUGAGUCGUGGAAGCUGCUUAAGGAGCUUGCUGCUUCGGCUCAGCAUAAGGCGAUCGCUCGUAAGGUUUCCCAACGAAAAACCAUUCAAGGCAUUCUUGGAAUGGACAUAGAAAAGGUCAAGGCUAUCCAGAGUAGGAUAGAUGAGUUCACUAACUCAAUGUCUGAGCUUCUUCGCAUAGAGAGAGAUGCCGAACUGGAGUUCACACAGGAGGAACUAAAUGCGGUCCCCACACCAGAAGAUGAUGCGUCAAAGCCAAUUGAGUUCCUUGUCAGCCAUGGCCAGACCCAGCAAGAGCUCUGCGACACCAUAUGCAACCUGACUGCUGUUAGCACAUCCACAGGAUUAGGCGGGUUGCAUUUGGUGUUGUUUAGAGUCGAAGGUAAUCACCGGUUACCCCCGACUACUCUAUCUCCUGGAGACACGGUCUGUGUCAGAACCUGCGACAAGAGGGGAGCCGGCACUACGUCUUGCAUGCAGGGCUUUAUUCACAGCCUCGGGGAGGACGGAUGCAGCAUCAGCGUGGCUUUGGAAUCUCGUCAUGGAGAUUCGACCUUCUCCAAGCUUUCUGGGAAGAGUGUUCGAAUUGAUCGUAUUCAUGGAUUAGCUGAUGCCCUCACAUUUGAGCGCAACUGUGAAGCACUUAUGCUACUGCAGAAGAAUGGUCUGCAGAAGAAGAACCCUUCAAUAGCUGUUGUGGCUACCCUGUUUGGAGAUAAGGAAGAUAUUUCAUGGUUACAGGAGAAAAAUAUAGUUGAUUGGGCUGAGGUCAAGCUCGAUGGAUCCAUGAGGACUGGUACCUUUGACGAUUCUCAAAAAAAGGCAAUUGCAUUAGGUUUGAACAAGAAACGACCCUUACUGAUAGUUCAAGGGCCCCCUGGCACUGGAAAAACUGGACUUCUUAGAGAACUUAUUGCCCAUGCUGUUCACCAAGGAGAAAAGGUACUUGUAACUGCACCAACCAAUGCAGCUGUUGACAACAUGGUGGAAAAGCUUUCAGACAUAGGUUUGAACAUUGUUCGUGUGGGCAACCCUGCACGUAUAUCUGCUUCUGUAAUGGCAAAGUCAUUGGGGGAAAUUGUGAAUUCUAAGAUGGAGAGUUUCCAAAUGGAGUUUGAGAGGAAGAAGUCUGACCUACGGAAAGACCUCAGACACUGCCUGAAGGAUGAUUCUUUGGCUGCGGGUAUACGACAGCUCCUGAAGCAGCUUACAAAGACAUUGAAGAAAAAGGAGAAAGAAACUGUGAAAGAAGUACUUUCAGGUGCUCAAGUUGUGCUCGCGACAAACACGGGAGCAGCAGAUCCCUUAAUUCGGAGAUUGGGCACUUUUGAUCUUGUCAUUAUUGACGAAGCAGGGCAGGCAAUUGAACCCGCAUGUUGGAUUCCAAUAUUACAAGGGAGAAGGACUAUUCUAGCAGGGGACCAGUGCCAGCUUGCCCCGGUGGUUCUGUCUCGUAAGGCUUUGGAAGGUGGUCUCGGAGUAUCAUUGAUGGAGCGAGCGGCCACCCUGCACGAGGGGAUUCUCGCCACUAAGUUGACAACCCAGUACCGUAUGCAUGACGCAAUCGCCAGCUGGGCCUCCAGGGAGAUGUAUAGCGGGUCUUUGAAGUCCUCUUCAACUGUCUCAUCACAUCUUCUUGUAGAUUCACCUUUUGUCAAGCCCACGUGGAUAACUCAGUGCCCGUUGCUGCUGCUCGACACUAGAAUGCCCUAUGGAAGCUUGUCUGCAGGUUGUGAAGAGCAUCUGGACCCUGCCGGAACAGGCUCCUUUUACAAUGAAGGGGAGGCAGACAUAGCCGUUCAACACGUGCUAUCGCUGAUCUAUUCAGGUGUGAACCCAUCGGCUAUAGCAGUCCAAUCUCCUUACGUUGCUCAAGUGCAGCUCCUGAGGGACAGGCUGGAUGAGCUCCCGGAGGCUGCAGGGGUCGAGGUUGCAACUAUUGACAGUUUUCAAGGCCGAGAGGCUGAUGCAGUAAUUAUCUCCAUGGUCCGAUCAAACACCCUAGGAGCUGUUGGAUUCCUGGGGGAUAGCAGGAGGAUGAAUGUAGCCAUAACGAGAGCACGCAAGCACGUGGCUGUCAUCUGCGACAGCUCCACGAUAUGCCACAACACGUUCCUCGCAAGGCUCCUGCGUCACAUUCGCUACUUCGGGCGGGUCAAGCAUGCCGAACCCGGGAGCUUUGGGGGCUCCGGGCUCGGCAUGAACCCAAUGCUCCCAUCCAUAAAUUGAAUCCCCCCUCUUCACUCGAUGCGCACCAUCAAGAUGGUUUCCUGAAUUAGAAAUUAAUGUAUAUAUCAUUGCCAAACAGAGUCAUUCGAAUUUGGGUUUCUGAAGUGUAUAUUUGUUCAUAAUAGACAAUUCUUAUCGAUUACAAACCACAGGUUUAUUGACAUAUACACGAGUCUGCUACUCCGAUUAAAUUUA